ACCCUGCCACCCCCUCAGAUUUACAUACUGGAUCGCCCCCUCAGCAGAUUAUAAGCGUUCGUACCUGGAGAGACUACUUCGCACCGCAGUCUGAGGACUUUCAAACCUCAGUAUCUGGAGCUGCCGCUAGGAGGCGUUGUCGAUCAUGGAAGGCCGAACGAUGUGCUGCGGCCUGCUCAGUCUUCGGGCUGGUGCAUUCUGGGUCGCCAUUGUCUACACAAUCCUGACGCUCUUGAAUCUAGCUUACUGGGUGACUUACGUGGCCCACCUUGGAGCUGAUGGAAUGAGCGGUGUAGGCCUGGCGUUCACCAUUCUUGGAACCAUCUUCUGUUUCCUACUACUCAUUGGACUGUGUACGUACCGGCCCGGCCUGUGCUCGGCGUGGCUGGGUGUGUCCGGUAUCUACCUCCUGGCAGACUUCGUGGUCUCCAUCCUGCUGACGUACUUCGUGGUCUGGUGGCCGUUUUGGUAUGAGAAAGGGAUCGAGCAGGUGUUCCCUGGACCGAUAUACGGUCUGCAGCGCUGGAUGUACCUGUGUCCCAAAUGGCUCAUCCUGUUUCUCUCCGUCGUCUUCCUGAUCUACGGUGCAAUUGUGAUCACAUCUCACGGCAAGGAGAUGAACACAAAGUCGUACAGGCCCGGGGGCAAUUCACGUGCAUGAGGGGAGUCCUGACCACAGACAGCACAACCAACCUACAACACAUCAUUUAAACUGCAACAGUGAUCAACUUUAUCCUUACUAACAUGCAAAUGUAACAAUUGACUUGGUGCGUUGAUGCACCCUUAGCUACAAAAAAGCGAUUAAAGCGAUAUCAAAGUUGUGAAGUUACAAGUAUCGCAAUAAAACCUGCGAUUCUGAAAUCCACCUUUAUGAGGAAAUUUAGAAAGUUUAGAAACAGAAGAAGCAGGGAUCACUCAUAGUGUAUUCCAUUAAGAAAAUGUCAGUAUUGUUGUUCACAGUUUAUCUGAAUACUUGGUUUACAAAUAUCUAUUUUCAAACAUUCAUAUAAAGUGAAAGUCGUAACAACUGUACAUACAGAAGAUCUUAAUCAGAAAGAUAAAAUGUAUUGUUUUCCAAUCUCUUCAGUAAUGUUUACAUUUUUGCAUAUUUUGAACAUCAUUACGUUUCAUACUUUUGUACAUGUCUUGUCGGUUUCUAUUAGAACUAGAUAAGUAACAGAGUAUUCUAACAAAUACGUUUUAAGUCUUAAACAAUUAGCAUUACUUUACAGUAUGUAGAUUUUAGAUUUGUAGCGUGUUUGAAGCAUACUUCAUUACGUUCUUUUGGAUAAAACGUAUCCGGUGAUAAAAAUGUAACGUUUCGUAAGAAAUAAAUCAUAAUCGUGUACACA